AUGGCCAGCGCAGACAACAACAGCGCAGACCAUCGCACAAGCAACAAGGAUGAGGCCCCGCGAUGGCUGAUGAUGCAGCUAGAGUUCAUCUGCAAGGGCAACCGUGACAGUGCCAACAUCCACGUCCCCAUCUCAAGCGUCAUCUGCGUCUGCAUCGUCCGACGGCGCGACGUCGGCGGGCGCGCGGAGGGAUCGCUCUCGGCACCUCUACCGCUACCUUCGUCAUCCUCCUCUUCUUCUGCGAUGGAUGCGAAUACCAGAGGCGUCGAGAACUGGGGUCGAGCUGUUGGAAAUCUCAGACGGAGGAACAUCAGGCUACGCCACCUGCUCCAGCUAUUCCUGCGGCACAGCAACGCCCUCAAUCCUAACAAUGUCUCUGUUGUCCUCUACCUAGACGUUGCCUCUGUUAGUCCAAUCCGCAUCCUGCGGCAGAGUAAUAUCCCCAUCCAACGCAUCUUCCGCCCGAGCCAUCGUCGACGCCGGCUAGCGCGUACGCAUCUGGUUGAUGGCUUGGAGGCGGGCAGCGGUGCGAUAGUUAGCGGAGACAAAGAGUACAUUGAAGGCGUUGGCGAGGGCGGAGAGGUGGGUGCCGUGGCGUGCGCUGAAGAGGUUAAGACAGUGGCGGGCGGCGUGGCAGGCUAUGGCUAUGCGGUUGGAGGGGGUCUAUGUGAUCUUCGUGGCAGUGCAGAAGGAGCUGGCUCUUACGUUGCGGAUCUAGACAGCGUCGAGCUCGACGAGUUGACGGCCAAGCAGAAGCAGAAGCUGGAGCUUACGUGGCUAAAGACAAGGGCCAAGUUGCGGGACACGCUUAGGCCCUCGGUGAAGGGCGGGGGUGUAAGAAGUUACUCACCUCAGAUACAGCAGCGGAAGGACGGCGGCUGCUAGCAGUGCAAGUGAUGGGGAAGCAGACAGGAAAGCAGACAGGGAAGCAGACGGGAAAGCGGAGCAAAAGCGGAGAGGUUUGGGGAGCUGUAUGAGCAGUUCAGCGCGUCGCAGGAGGAACGGCAGGGGCAUUUCAAUAGGCUGGUAAAGGCAGAGCGGCGCAUGAAGGAGAUAUGCUCUAAGGUCAUGAUGUAGAGCAAAAGUGACGGUAAAUAAAGGACUUGGAAUGGGUAUCAAAGGUGCAGUGUAUGUUGAUAUACUAUACAUUAAGACGUUGACCUUAUCUGUCGGUUU